AUGCAGUCGCUUGUGACUGUUAACAACAACGUCAGCCUCAGUCUAGUGAGUGUGACAAUCGCACCAAGCACAGCCCUCGCCAUCUUCACCAUCGCCCUCGUCUUCCUCGCCUUGUACCUCCCGCCAUUGCCAUUCCGCAGCGCGAGGCACACCGACAAGUCUACAUCUCUCUCCAAGUACAAGUACUACGACGACAUCGCCCCCAACCCCAACAACGACUACCGCAGUCGCUUUGCAUCGUACUUCGACUACAACAAUACCUGGUGGUACCCAUACUGGAGUCGCAACCGCGCGGGCGACCCAAUCGAGCUGCGCGACCACCCGCCCCUGACCGAAGGCCUCCCCCAACCCCGCGCGACACUUGCCCUCGAGGAUAGCCGUCGCAGAUCGGGAACAGGAUCGCGCAUAGUGUUGCGCGCCACCAGGAGGACCGCCGCCAAGCCUAGGACCAGCGAAGGCGACAGAGGGAAAGAGAACAAGCCCAAGGACCAGCGCGACAGUGAUGCCGUUCGAUCCCCACGAUCACCUGGAAGGCUCUCUGCAAGACUUCGAAUCGAGGCGGACCUGAGCGAGAUGGAAAACUCGACGGUCUCCGCAGGUGGCUACAGCCCUCCGGCCUGGAGGCGCCUCGGAAACGGUGACCGGAGCAGCGGCUUUUGGCGCAAGGGGGACAACUUGCUAGGAUACGGCGGGUUGCCGCCGCAGUGGCGGAGCAGGGAGUCCAGCCCGGAAUAUGACAGCGUGGACGAGGACUGCGAUGACGACCAGAUACUCGCCGCCGCGAUCCGCACGAGAUUGCCCACCGGCAGCAUGAGCCCCGAGAAAGAAAGGAGCCCCGAGCCGGACUACAUGAAACCACGCUUCCACAACAAAGCUGCAAAUAGGAAUGGGAAUGAGAAUCCAAAUGCAAAGGCCAAGCCAAACGCAGACGCAGAUGCAGCUGGGAACGGAGAGGUUCGGAUCAAGAGCGAAGAACCCUCUAUGGAGGACAUGAAGGCGACCCUCGCCGCACUGCCGCAGAAAGACGAUCCUGAGAACUGCAUACAUACGUUUCGCCAGGCCGCCAUCAAUCUUGUGCGCUCAGCCUACAGGCUAGUCACAAAGAGCUGGUCCACCAUAAUCCUGUCCUCCCUCGUCGCGUUCCUGUCAAUAUCAGCUACGCGCGCAUUGUUCGAGCCUGCCUACGGGCGCCCUGUCCCGGACCUAGUCAAGGUCGCCGGCAUUGCGCGUAGCUUCGAGCCGCUAAUAUACUAUAGCGAAAACGGUGUCGCGCAAGUUGGUGAUCUGCAGGCGACCGGUGUCGCGGUGUGGGACCUCGGUGAGAGUGUGCGCAGCAGCAACCUGACCAGCGCGCCGAUCAUCGUCAAGGAGCUCGACGAGCUGAGUGACAGCCUCAAGACUUUGGCUAUCGAGCUCACCAAGUUCUUUGCCAAUGUCGACGGUGACAUUGAUGGCAUCUUGAUUGUAAUGGACUGGGCCCGUCGCGAGCUGUCUCAGGUGGCUUCCCUCCCCUCGGCGCCUCUCACCUCGGCCUUCGACAACAUCCACACAAUGCUCACCACCGCCGGCGUGCUCGAGACACCCACUGGCACGCCGACUCGCCUCGGCGCGAUCGCGACCUCCGUUUUUGGCAUGUCCAACCCGCAGCGCACGCGGCAAACACUGCAGCGCACGUUCAACGAAUUCCUCGCGGUGCUGGAGGAGGCCAUAAACAACGAGUUGCAGCACAGCCUGGCCCUAUUCGGACUGUUCGAGAGUAUCGACCACCAGUUCCUCAAUCUGGCGCGCACGGUGGUGCGCGAGUCCAAUGCACAGGACGAGCUCCACGCCGACCUGCUGUCGUCGCUGUGGACACGAAUCCUGGGCCCGCGGGCGAGCGACGUCAAGAAAUACGAGCGCAACCGCCUGCUGCUACUGAACGUGCGCGAGAAGACUGUGCGCAACAAGGGCAUCCUCGUCGAGCACAAUCACAAGCUGCUCGCCCUCAAGGCCAACCUCGAGAGCCUGCGCCGCAAGCUCGUCAGCCCCCUCGUGCGCAGCGUCAACUCGUCCACCCUCACCGUCGGCGAGCAGAUCCGCGGGCUCGAGGACGUCGGCGUCUACCUCGAGGGCGUGCGCACCCGCCAGAAGGGUAAACUCAUGGAGAUGCUCUACGGCGGCGGCAGCAACGUGGGCAGGGACAGGCUCAUCGAGCAACAGCCUGUGGGGGAGUAG